AAUGUGGAACAGGGGGGGGGGGGGAACAGGCUACCCGUAUCCAGCACGGCCUUUCCGAACCGAGUUAACCGGAAUAAGUCCCAUCUCGCUUCCGCCACAUUAUUUUCUCGCUGGAGUCCAACGACCUCACCAGAACACAUCUCAAAGCCUCUGCCCUUGACGCAAAUAUCAGCCCGUGUCGCGAACCUAUGCUUAUACAGAGUCAAGAUGACCUUUUCUAAGCGAGGCAAGGCAAAGUAGGAUAAUAAUAGUUUCAGGAGGCAAAGUCAGGGAAAGCUUAGGAGCAUAUUCAAGU